AAGAAAGCAUGAUAAGCAUGAAUAUCAAUUUUAUUGCCCUUCACGAUAACAAAAGGAGGGGAAUGCCACUUUUUUAUCUUCAAUUUCUGAUUGGUUUUGAUAAAGUUGUUUGUCUAUCUCCUUUCUCUUCCCAGCAUUCUGCAUGCUCUAUAUCUUUCAGUCUCGAUCGGUCUCUUCUUUUUAACUCUGUGUGCCCCUGAACCCCACCUUUUCCCGCCCUGGCGUUUCAACAUUGGGUUUUUUUUCAAUCUCUCUCCCUCUCUUUUCCGCCUUCUCUCUCACACACAAAGUGAACGCGUCACCUACUUUCAGAGACUUCUGUUAGAGACGCUCCUCCCUCAUUCCUCAAGUUAUUUCAGGGGAAAUGCCAGAAAUCCAAUUAGGUGCGCAUACUAUAAGGAGCCAUGGAACUAAAGUGGCAAGGGCUCACAUGCAUGAUUGGUUUGUCUUCAUAUUUCUUGUGAUCAUGGAGAUCAUUCUGAAUGUGAUAGAACCAUUCCACCGUUUUGUUGGAGCUGAAAUGAUGGAAGACCUAAAAUACCCUUUACAAGACAACACUGUUCCCAUUUGGGCUGUUCCAAUUAUUGCAAUAUUAUUGCCAUUUGUGGUCAUACUCAUAUAUUACUUUAUCAGAAAGGAUGUUUAUGAUCUUCAUCAAGCAGUGCUAGGGCUUCUGUUUUCAGUACUUGUUACAGGAGUUUUGACUGAUGCAAUCAAAGAUGCAGUUGGGAGACCUCGUCCUGACUUUUUCUGGCGUUGCUUUCCUGAUGGCAAAGGGGUUUUUGAUCCUGUUACAAGUAAUGUGAUGUGUACUGGAUUAAAAUCCGUUAUCAAAGAAGGACACAAAAGCUUCCCAAGUGGACACACAUCUUGGUGCUUUGCUGGACUUGGUUUUCUGUCAUGGUACACAGCUGGAAAAAUCAGGGCAUUUGACCAAAGAGGCCACGUGGCAAAGCUUUGUAUCAUUGUCUUCCCUUUACUCAUUGCAGCUUUAGUUGGUGUCUCACGUGUCGAUGACUAUUGGCAUCAUUGGCAAGAUGUAUUUGCAGGAGGCAUUUUAGGUUUAACGGUUGCUUCUUUUUGCUACUUACAAUUCUUUCCACCACCUUAUGACAUUGAUGGUUGGGGGCCCCACAUUUAUUUUCAGAUGUUAGCAGAGUCUAGUAAUGAUACGCAAACGGGGAGUGUGAAUGGUUUAAAUGUGGCUCCAUUGGAAAUUGAGAAUGUGCGUAUGCAUUCUCGUGGUGGGAUGGGGAUUGGGGUUUCGGAUGAUAAUUCUUUGAAUGAAAUAUAGAGAGGGAGAAGGCGUUGACCGGGGUUUGACUUUCUACUUACAUAUGGUGUAACUUAUGUAGAUCAAUUAGCUUAAUUUAUUAAUAUAGUUUAGGGUUUUUGGCAUCUUUUUCUGGGAUCUUGUUUUUGAUUUUCGAGAUUGAAUUGUGUCUCUUUCUGAUUUAUAUUGGUAAUGACUAAUGAAUUUAGUUGGUGGCUCUCA